CAGAAAAGUCAAACAUUGGCAUUGAAAUCAGUAAACAUCUGUAGUAUUUAACGUAACAACGCCUAAGAUAUCGCUUCAGUUAGCGAAACAUUCAAGAGUAUUAUAGUGUGAAGUGCAACACUCCAGUUUUAAUUCAAUAAUGAGCAAGUUGAAGAUACUCACCCCUGAACAGAAGAAAUGUUGGCAAGACAACGGUUAUGUGAAGUUAACCAACGUUUUUGGACCGAAAGAGUUUCAAGAAAUUGAAGAUGAAUAUAAUCAUUUGUUCAGUCAAAAGCAGAAAGAAGUUGGUGAUGGUCUUGAGGCAGUGUGGCAUGGAGACGAUAUGAAGAAGCUUUCUUCUAACAGAAAAGUAACUGUCAAAUCGAUCCACAACCUUCAAAUGCACAGUGCCGUCUUCACCCGCCUGCUCAUGAACAACAACUUGCUCGAUGCUUUAGAAGACAUUAUGGACACCAAAGAUAUCCUUCUGCACCACACCAAGGCUCACAUUAAGCCCCCAGAGAAGGGCGCCCCCUACUUAAUGCACCAAGAUUACCCCUAUUUCCCGCACAAGAAGCACACCAUGUUGGCUGUGUUUGUUCACCUUGACGACACAACCCCUGAGAAUGGAGGGCUGUGUAUCUAUCCGGGAAGUCACAAACUGGGCCCGCUACCAAACAAGACAACCAUUGAUGUUAAGGGUGAGAAGUAUCACUAUGUGGAUCCUGAAAAAUACCCGUUGGAUGACGCUACCCCUGUUGAAGCGAAAAAAGGAGAAGUCAUCGUAUUUUCGUACCUGACCCUCCACGGAUCGUAUUUGAAUCUGUCCAAUAGGCCUAGGCGAAUGUUUUUGGCUCAAAUAAGGGCUGCUGAUGAUGAACCUGUUGACGAUGUGCACAAGUCUCCUUGUCAAGGGUUCAAUGAGCCAAAGUCUAUCAAAUUAUGAAAUCCGUUAUAACCAGUCAAGUUCAAAAAGCUUUCGAGUCGUUGUUCGUCCAAAAUACGGACACAGUUACUUUGAAAGGAGACUGUUUAGUCAACUUAGGAGAAAUUCUGAAAAGUCUCUUUACAGAGAAUUAUCCUUUAUACGGUUUCCGACGUGCCGUCGGGCAAGGUCAAUACGUACAAAAAGGGCUUUUGCCUUUACUUAUAUACGUCAAGGAUGACACUAACGAUAUCAAUAAAUCCACAAGGAUCUUAGAUGCAGCUAUCGAAACAUUAAUAAAUCUCACCAUUCCUGUAGAAUAUUUGUUACCUGUAGAAAGUUUAGAUGAUGAAGAUGGUCAAGAUAUUGUCCAUCAGCUAAAUAAGCUAUUAACGUCUGUUAAAGAAGUAUUUAUGGACAGCAGAACUACCAAAGCUAUUCUGGACCACAUAAAGUUCGUAGUAGAAGCAGAUUCUCAGCUAAACAUUGAGCAAUGUGAAAGUAUUAAUAAUUGUCUACUGCUCCUGAGAAAUAUUUUGCAUAUACCGGAAAAUAAAAGUCCUGCUCCUAUAGGCUGUAUGACUCAUUCCAGUAUGCAAAAUAUAAUUAUAUGGAAUCUGUUUGCCCAAGGGGUUGAUAAGCUUAUCAUUUAUUUGAUGGCGUGUCCACAAAAGAUAUACUGGGGCGUGUCUAUCGUCCAACUAAUCGCGUUGAUGUACAAGGAUCAACACGUGGGUACAUUGCAAAAACUGCUGAACUUGUGGCUGGAAGCAUCGUACAGUGACAGCAGCGAAGACAAUGAAAGCAACACGUCACCGCCGGACCAAGGAAGCGGGGACGACUCGUUCCCUAUCAUUACCUCUGAUCCCACUUCUGAUUCUAGCGAUAACGGCGGCAAUGAUCGCGCUCAGCGUGACCAGCAUAGCGGCCAUAACAAUAAUGAUCCUUGUGAGGAAACUGCCAACGCGCCUGAGAAAACAAAACCUAAUUCGACAGAUAUUGUAAGAGGAGGAAAAGGUAGAUGUAGAAAUUUAACAAUGACCAAACGAAAUAAGAGUACAGAAACUGAAAACUAUAGCAGCAGCAGUGGUAUUUCUUCUAUGGGACAAAGUACUGAAUCCAAUGGCAUCUCAGCCUCACUGGAGGAAAUCGACGAGCAAAAGAUAGAAGACCAGCAACCUCCACAGUCAGGACAAGUCUCAUCUCCACCUCCAAUUUGUCCAUCUUCGGUGUCGUCUUCAGCACCAUCUGUUGGUCCGUAUCCGGUAGCUUCUGUUGCAUCGCCAUCUAAAAAGCCCAAAUGUUUGUCCUCGCAAAGCGAGAUAUCUGAUUGUGGAUAUGCCACCCAAGUUGAGAACCAGGAGUCUAUCUCGACCUCCAGUAACGAGGACGACCAACCUCAUCAAAAGCCCGUCCACCAAAAACCGCACACGUUUCAAAAGACCAGGUAUAAUACUGGAAAAGGUAGAGCUACUACUGCAUUGGAGAAGAAAGAGUUGCGUAGAAAAAAGCUGGUGAAAAGGAGCAAAUCGCAUAUCAUCAACAUGAAAGGCCUCCUCCAUCACCUUCCAACCGACGAAGACAUCUCCAACAUCCUGAAGGAGUUCACGGUAGACUUCUUGCUGAAAGGGUACGGCAACCUGGUGGACAGCCUUUACAAGGACUUCCUAACCAACAUCCAUAUUCAAAUGGACACCUCGCACUUUUUCUGGUUGGUCACUUAUUUUCUGAAGUUCGCCACUCAACUUGAAGUCGAUCCGGAGCACAUCAACCCGGUACUGAGUUACGAGGUACUCUCGUAUCUGAUUUUUCAAGGCGUUUGGGUGUACGAAGAACUAGAGAUCUGUUGCAACAUACCCGAUAUGGACUUGAAACCUUGCCUCAGGAGACUGCAUUUGGUUGUAACGGCUAUUAGGGAGUUUCUCCAAAGUGUAGACACGUACAAAAAGAUGAUCCAUCUAAGCGACGCGGACAGAGAAAACGUGAUGAAACUUCAAGGUCAAAUAAAAAAGAUGGAAGACCUCAAAAUGCUAUUCGUACUUUUGCUGAGGCAGUACAAUCCUCGUAUACAAAGCAGACAGUACUUGCAGGACCUCAUCUUGACCAACCAUUAUUUUUUGAUUUUCUUGGAUAAUGCAUGCAAGUCUUCAGAGCUGACCAACUUCCACAUGGUGAAGCAUCUGAAACUGUUUGCAACAGUAGAAAUAAUGAGACAGUAUGGUUUGUUGCUUGAAAAUUUUAAAGAGAACGGGGAAUUCGUAAAUAACUGCAUUUUCACCAUGAUGCACCAUAUUGGAGGAGAUUUACAAAAUGUCCAUACACUUUUUCAGCCGAGUAUUUUGAAGACCUUUUCACAAAUUUGGGAAACCGACUACGAAAUAUGUGAUGAUUGGUCUGACCUCAUCGAAUAUGUCAUCCAUAAAUUCAUGAACACUUCAAAUACACAUUGCCCAGAAAAUGGAAACACCUCAGAAACUUUGCACAACGAAUUGGAUGACUUGGAAGAUGUGCACAACUUGUUAGAUUCAAAUAAUAGUAACUCAGACUGGACCACAGAAGAGAAAGAUGAUCUGUUGCAGUACUUCAACCAAAAUGGAGAUGAGACUGACGCCAUUGCAGAAAUAUCAGAUAAGUACGACCUCGGUGAGGCGCAAACCAGUAUUACCAAAGAACUCCCGGAAGAGAAUAUUAUCACCAAAACAGACUAUGAUGAUUUGAUGAAAACUAACAAAGAUGAGCAAGACAUUUCCAGCGAUAACGGCAAAAAUGAAGAAUCUGCGGAAAAAGAGAAAAUUUCAAACGAAAAACACGUGGUUGAUAAUGAUAUUAAAGUUUUGAAAGAAUAUCUUUAUAAGGAGAAUAAGGAAAAGUAUGUUACAUGGUUGCAGAAUGUGUUGUUAGAAACUUGUUUUGUCAAGUUGGUAUUAACGUGUCCUGAGGACUUCAAAGGCGAAGGAUAUAUUAUGGAGUCAACAGUGUAUUACUAUGCAUUGUUGGAUCUACCAAUUCCGGUAAUCCCGUGGACCAUAGAGCAAGCAAAUAUAUUAAAGCACCAACCGUUUGUGAUGUUACUUCACAAACUCGGUUUUUAUUUGCCAGUAGAUACAGGCAAGAUUUUUGUGCGCAUACCAAAUUUUUGGACAGCUGACUAUGUGUUUAGCAUAGCCCAACAAUUGGGAUCGAUAGACGCAGAAAAACUAAAAUUUGAUAUAAGCAAGGUUCAAGCUGCUAAUAAAGAUAAUAUACAUGAACCAAAAUGUUUUAACUCUGGUUUUAUGUAUGAACCUGGUAAUGAAUUUCCAAUGGACGAUUUUAAACUAGAUCUAUCUGUCGUUCGAUUCGCUCCUCUGUAAGUAUCGGUUUACUAGUAUUUCCUGAAGUAAUAGGUACAAAGUCACAGUAAACAGGACAAGGAAAAAAAUGAACAAACAUUUUUUUGUUUCGCACAAUCGAAUUUAUUCAAAAUAUUCUCCUUCAGAGUUAAUACAGCGAUUUGCACGGAUCAAAAGAUUUUCGAAUUAUGAUUUUAGCUCAUUGAUCGGGAUAUCCUCCAAAAAGGUUGUCGACGCCUUCUGGAUGGCCUCCACGUCGGCAUACCACUGUCCCUUUAUGGCCCAAUGUAGUUUACCGAACAGAAAAUAGUCACACGGUGCCUUAUCAGGAGAUAAUGUUAAAUUCGAAGCAAUUUUUGUUCGGAACAAACCGUGAACACACCUUUCUCACGCCCAAAAUGCGAUCGAUUGAAUCUUUACAGAUUACCUUUUACUUUUUCUAUGUAUCUCAAUUAAGAUUUUGGAUCAUUUUUGAUAAAUUCACGCAAUUUUUCGACGGUUUCUGGCGUAAUCACAAAUUUUGGCUGGCCAACAUGUUCGUCGUCUUCUAACGACUCUUUGAACCGUGUAAACCACUUGUGAACUCGGCUAGAAGAUAAACAAUCACCACCAUACACUUGCAUCGACAUCUGUAAAUGUUUUACCAAGUUUAACAGAGCUUAAUACCAAUGCCAGAAGUAGUUCGAAAGAUGUACCCGAGCAACGCUAGUCUCCUAUAAUAGAUGGCGCUACUUGUACCGGGUAUCUUUUAAAAAUCCUGUUUACUAUGCGACAUUCCUUGUAUACAUAUAAAACUAAUAAACGUGCAAGAACUGCCCAAAAGAUAUUUCGACUCUAAACUCUAUUCUACCUGAAGAUAGCCAACCAUAAAGCGCCCAAAAAGAGAUCUUGGAGAUACUAGCGCCACCUAUGAGACAGUAGCAGAUCCAAACAUUUUUCAAAGUAAAUUUAUUUUUAUACUCUGCUACUGUCUCAUAUAUGGUACUAGAAUCUUACAGAUCGUUUUCGGGCGCCGGUAUAUGGUUGUCUAUCAGUUUAAUCAAUGUUUUUGUAUAAACUUCAAAACAGAAUAAAAACCGACAUUGAUUAUUAUUUGGACAAUUUUUGUACCGCUACAAAUGUUGAUUCUAUUCCAUUACUAACCUCAAUUUUUUAGACCUAACUCUAUCCGUUGGUUUUCAAAUAUCAGAAUGAACACUCCAAUUUUGGAUACAGAUCUUGAUAUUUCUAGCACCACCCCACUGUCGAUCAUCAUUCCCAAACAACCGAUGUUGGGAGACAUUCCUCCGGCACGUUUGGUCAUAGACCCUCCCGUACUGUCCCCUGACAAAGACAGAGCAGAAGACAUGGCGUUGAGCGGGGUCCCUCGGCCAGCACUUGAAGAAGCAACGGACCACCACAUGGAUUGUUCACCACCAUGUGCUAUGUUAGAGCUGGAACGCGCCAGUAACUGUGACACUGCAUCAGUGGCAUCAGACCUUACCAGGAUGUGUGUUAGCGAUGAGGAUGAAAAGGUCACGCUGCUUAAGUCGGCCGACCACCAGAUGGUGUAGAUUUCAUAUUGAUAUUGAAGCCAUCGCUAGUACUGAUCCAGAGUAACAAACGACAUCAACAUAUUAUUCACCUCAUUCGUCUGUCAGUAGCUCAAUUUAUUAUAUGAUAGAGGGUAGAUAAUUUUUACUGUUGUGAAAAGAUCCAAAUAUAUAAUUAUUUUUGUGGUUAGACUAUUAUGUGAUAGAUGAAUUUGUGUACCUACAUUAUAUUAUAUGUAUGUGCAAAUCGUCAAGUUUGAUUUAUUAAUUCACAUUCCCUAUACAAAGUAUAAAUAAUCUAG